AUGGCGACAAUCCCGGAUAAUGCCCAGGAGUGCAAUCUCCAUGUGGACUAUGUUAUCCGCUACAGCUUCGGAGAUGUAGACCAAUCGCAGUCAAUCGGGCAGCUAGAGAAGCUGCUUCAAUCAUUGGCUCAAGUCGGGCUACAGGCAGAGGUUAGACAAGGCGAUGAGUCGUCUCUGCUUAUCUUUGUGAAAGCUCUGGAGAAGCGGCUGAAGCAAGCAGUUUAUCGAUCGCGCGUACGUGACUGGCUCUAUGGCAUUCGCAAUGCUGAACCAACACCCUCCAACUCGACUGAGCCCCAGACAGAAGCCGAGCGUCUGCGGGUGAUCCACCAAAUGAUCACAAACCCAAAGGAAGAGGGCGGCGCCGAGAUCACACCCAACCAUGGCGAAUGGAAGAAUGUCACCGCUAUCUUCCCCCUCCACGACGUUGAGACAAACAAAAAAUGGAUGCGCGACUGGAGCUCGAAGACAUUCCUUUCCGAAGAUGAUUUGGAUCAAAUUCGGAAUAAAUUUGGAGAAAGUGUUGGAUUUUACUUUUCGUUCCUGCAGUCGUACUUUCGAUUCUUGAUCUUCCCGGCUGUUUUUGGAUUCUCUUGCUGGUUCCUUCUUGGGGGAUUUUCCAUUAUCUAUACUGUUGUCAAUUGUCUGUGGUGUAUUAUCUUUGUGGAAUACUGGAAGCGCCAGGAGGUUGAUCUGAGCUGCAGGUGGCAGACGAAGAAUGUCUCAGCCGUUAGGACCAAGAGACGGGAGUUCAAGCCCGAGACAGAGACCCGCGAUGAGAGUACUGGUGAGAACCACGGUGUCUUCCCGGCAACCAAGCGCAUGCAACGGCAGCUACUUCAGAUCCCGUUCGCUUUGCUUGCGGUGAUUGCUCUAGGUGCGAUUAUUGCAACUUGCUUUGCCAUCGAGAUCUUUAUCUCGGAGCUUUAUAACGGUCCCUUGAAAACAUACCUGAUUUUCAUCCCAACCAUUCUUUUGUCAGCCCUUGUGCCAACUAUGAGCGCUAUCUUGACGUCCAUCGCCACGAAGCUCAAUGACUACGAGAACCAUGAAACAAAGGACGCUUAUGAUGUUGCACUGACCCAGAAGGUCUUUGUUAUCAACUUUAUCACGUCCUAUAUGCCUAUCUUCCUGACGGCCUUUGUCUAUGUGCCAUUUGCAAGUUGGAUCGUCCCCUACCUCGAUGUGUUCCGAUUGACUGUUCGGCCGUUCGUGUCGAAGGAGCACGCCGUCGCAAAGCAAUCUCAGUUCCAAAUCGACCCAGCUCGCCUGCGAAACCAGGUUAUUUAUUUCACUGUCACGGCCCAGAUUGUUGGCUUCGCCAUGGAGACUAUUGUUCCCUAUAUCAAACAGCAUGCGCUCCGUAAAUAUAAGAAGUACAACAAGGAGCGCAAUGGAAAAAUGGACCGAAACGGCGACAAAGAAUCUCCAGAGCGACCCGUCGUGUCCUUCGAUGACCCUGCCGAAGAAGUGCAGUUCCUCACACGGGUGCGAAACGAGGUCGAGCUCUCAGAUUACGACGUGACCGAUGACCUGCGCGAGAUGUGCAUCCAGUUUGGAUAUUUGGCCCUUUUCUCGCCCACAUGGCCACUUGUUCCCGUCUCUUUCUUCGUGAACAAUUGGAUCGAGCUGCGAUCGGACUUCUUCAAGAUCUGCAUGGAAUUCCGUCGACCUGUGCCUUUGCGGACUGACACGAUUGGGCCCUGGCUUGAUAGCCUGGGAUUCCUCUCCUGGGUUGGCAGUAUCACUAGCGCAGCACUUGUGUACAUGUUCAGCGGCAACGCGCAGCAUGGCCCUAAUGGCGAACCGACAGACAUCAAGGGUUGGGCUCUGCUUUUGGCAAUCUUCUUUUCGGAGCACCUGUAUCUUAUCGUACGGUAUGCUGUGCGAGCUGGUAUGGCCCGCAUCGAGCCCCCCAAUUCCCGCAAGGAGCGCGCUGAGCGUUAUCUCAUGCGCAAGCGCUAUCUUGAGUCGAGUAUUCAUGCGGACGCAGAGGAGAGCAGAGGCGAGGACGACAUCACACCCGCAGGUGAAGCGCCUGAGAUCUCUCGUGCGUCUCUUGAAGAUGAUGCUCGGCGGGCGUCCUUGCAUGGCGCCGACCCGGCUGCCCGUUUCUGGAUGCACCAGCGUGGCUGGACGGAGUCAGCGAAGGUUGGUGCCGGUAUUAUCCAGGCACAACCUAUUAAGGGUAGUGUGAAGAAGCAGCAGUAA